GGGGUCACCCUGGCUGGCACCCGCCGCCGCCGCCACGCGAUGGCCAGGCUGCAGGCUCCAUCCAGGAGGCGGCAGGGACAUUAGCCGGGGGGUCUCGGCGGCACGGCUCACCCGCGGGCUGGGAGGAGCGGAGAGCAGCAGAAGAGCCCCCGAAGCACGACCCAACCCCGUCCACCGUGUAUGAGGCUGGGACGCAGUACGCAGGACCCGCGUCCGCAGAGACACCCCUUCCGAUGUCCCGGCAUGAGACUUCUCCGACAACGGUGCAACCCGCCAGCAACCACCGCCCCAACGCCUGCUGCUUCUGCUGGUGCUGCUGCUGCAGUUGCUCAUGGAACGAGGACCGGGAGCGAGCGUGGAGGGCGUCCCGGGAGACCAAACUGGAGACCAUCCCAAACUGUGAAGCGUGCGCCAAACCCACGCCGGAGGAGGUGCGGGGCUGGGCACAGUCCUUCGACAAGCUGAUGAAGAGCCCGGCGGGUCGCAAUGUCUUCCGGGAGUUCUUGCGGACUGAGUACAGCGAGGAGAACAUGCUCUUCUGGCUAGCAUGCGAGGAGCUCAAAAAUGAAUGCAACAAGCACACCAUCGACGAGAAGGCCAGGAUGAUCUACGAGGACUACAUCUCCAUCCUCUCGCCCAAGGAGGUGAGCCUGGACUCGCGGGUGCGGGAGGUCAUCAACCGGAAGAUGCAGGAGCCGUCCUCGCACACCUUCGACGACGCGCAGCUCCAGAUCUACACGCUCAUGCACAGAGACUCCUACCCUCGCUUCCUGAACUCUGCCAUAUACAAAUCGCUGCUCCAGAGCGUCUCCCGCUCCUCCUCGGAGUCCUAAGGGCGCCCGCCGGCCGCGGGGACGCCGGCGGGGACACGGCGGCCGAGGUGGGGGGGGAGCUCAGUGCCUCCUCCCCUCUUCUGCCCUCCCUGCCAGCCCCCCCCACCCCAAGUUUUUAGCUUUUUACCUAUGAACCGUCACGCCGGUUUCUGGGCCGCCCUCCAGGACUGUCCCCGGGGCUGGUGCCACUGCGGCAGCACAGCCCGGGCCGGCUCGUACUACUGAACCCCUGCCCCGUCCCCGCCGCUGGCCGGAGCGAGCCGGGGAAGCUCACGGGAGCACGCAGAAGAGCGCCCGGGGCCCGGCUCCCCCUCCCCGGCUCCACCCGCACCCCGUUUUGAAGAGGUCACUUUAUCCCCUCUCCACCACACCUCGGGACACGGCACGUCCCCGUUUCCCACCUGAGACCCAGUUGGGGACUGGG